UUGUUUUCCUAUGUUUUCAGUCCUUCACUGACUUAUGAAGAGAUUGUGAAUCAGAGUUAUGACCGAUUGAAAUGCGAUUACGAAAACUGUGGCAAAAGUUUCUACACCCAAACCCGAUUGGAUUCACAUAUUAGGCGAAGACAUGCCGUCGAAGACAACACACAGUCCGGGGAACCGAUCGACAGAUCAUCUCAUGUCAGACACCAGUCAUUGAGUGCAGCACUCGGUGGCAGACAACAGAUCCCAACGAUUACUACUACUAGUCUUACAGUCCCGACAAUAACCACAACCACUACUACUUCCAGUGCCGACAGUCAAUGGCUGGACAUUAAGUAUAAUAAUCUCAUCACAUCAUCCGAUAUUAGAGACCAGUCCAAGAGUAGAGCACCCGAUGGCAGACAACAGAUGCAAGCAAUCACUACCACUGACCCAUCACUGACCACAAUCAUCACCACUUCCAGUCCCGACAGCCAAUCGAUGGAUAAUAAACGGGAUAAUGUUUGGGACUCUGAUAUUGAACUCAUUGGUAGAGUUCCGGCGUUCAAACGGCCCGCACGUAACCGAUCGCCCGUUGAUAUCAAACCAUCGCUCAUAGACUCCAUACCUCUGGUGUCGGAAACAGUAAACCAAUCGCCGAUUGACAUAAAGCCAGUGAUAAUAAGCACUAGCCCUCGGGAGUCGUCAACUGUCCAUAACUCACCAUUCAGUACGACAACUACUGGUGCCGGUAAUGAGCGCUCACAUGAGUUAGCGUCGGAUAUACACCGCUUUCCCGAAAGCAAUGCUAGUAAUGUGGAAACACCGGUGCCGUCGACGACCGCCACUACUAUCAGCGGUUCGGGCCCUACAGUGGCUUCCAGUGAGAGGCCAUACAAAUGCGAUAAAUGCGGUCAGAGUUACGGUCGCGACCGAGAGCUCAAACAACACCGGGAGCUCCGACACGGCGUACGCGAGUCCUACCCAUGCGAUCAAUGCGACCGCCAAUACGAGAAAGAGUCACAAUUGGCGGCACACAUGCGGCACAAUCACAGGGCGCGGGACCGUCGCUACCGGUGCCCAUACGCUCAGUGCGAGCGACGGUUUGAAUCGCCUGAGCUUCUCGAAGAGCACCGGCUCAGAGCCCACCGUCACUACCGAUGCGAUUACAAGCCCUGCGUCAUGACGUAUACCACCAGCCAUGGGCUACGCGCGCACCAGCAAUGGUGUUGGUAUCGAUCGGACUCACGGCGUACGCCUUCCAGGUCGUCGUCGCACAGGUCUACGGAUAGGAUUUAUCGGUGCAAUGUUUGCCCCGUAAAGUACACCACUAGGGCUUUACUCUACGAUCAUACAGAACGGGCCCACAAACGCCGGUCCGUAACACUCAAUCGGGGCCCAGUAGUGGAGAGUGAGAGCGCGGACCGCAGCGGACCAGUCAUUGACACAAACGGUAAAGAAGUGGCCGAUCGUCGCACCGCCGGAGAGGAGACACCGGCCGUCGUAUCGCACACUUCGGUGGCGGCGCCGCUCGAGACGGCCCACAAUAACAGCCAGAUUUCGGACUCAAUUGAAUUGAACGACAAGUCUGUGGUCACACCCGAUGUCACACAUCAGACAUCGACUGCGGGUCUCAAUAAUCAAUCACAA